AACAAACAAACUUAAACUAGUUAAAUUAUCAUAAAUCUUUAAAUGAGAGGAACUAAGCUGGUAUAUUUGUCUCUGUUACUAUUUUCCACAUUUUUGGCAAUAAAUGGUCACAUUGGUGAGUUUGAUGAGGUGUGGAGGAGGAGAGCCCAGGAAGCAGAUGAAUGGGCCAUAAAGGCUUACAAGCCCGACCCGAUCAAUGUCACCCUUGCAUUUGCUAAGCAAACUGGACAGGCCUUAAAGGAAAUAAAGGAAGCGAAGCUGGCAAUAAAUGGAACAAGGAGGGAGUUAAAAGGAGGCGGGAAAAAAUACAAUGGGCCUUGCUUAGUCACCAACCCAAUUGAUAGGUGCUGGAGAUGCCAACCUAAUUGGGCCGACAAUCGGAAAAGAUUAGCUGAUUGUGCAAUGGGAUUUGCAAAAGGGACCACCGGCGGAAAAGCCGGCGAGAUCUACGUCGUCACGGAUUCUUCCGACGACACUAGCGACCCUAAGCCGGGAACCCUCCGUUAUGGUGUCAUUCAAAAGGAGCCAUUAUGGAUCAUAUUUGCUAAAAGCAUGACCAUUAGGCUACACCAGGAACUCAUAGUGCAAAGCGAUAAGACCAUUGAUGGCCGCGGAGUUAACGUUCACAUUGCUAAUGGAGCAGGUUUCAUGCUCCAGUACGUGAAGAACGUGAUUAUCCACGGUCUCCGAAUUCACGAUAUUGUGGUGGGCAGUGGUGGAAUGAUCAGAGACGCGAUGGACCACAUUGGACAACGGACACAGAGCGACGGAGAUGGUAUUUCUAUAUUUGGUUCGUCGAAUAUAUGGGUGGAUCAUGUGUCAAUGUGGAGUUGUUAUGAUGGGCUUGUUGAUGCUGUGGAGGGAUCCACUGCUGUUACCAUAUCGAAUAGCCAUUUCACUGAUCAUAAUGAGGUGAUGCUUUUUGGUGCAAGUGACAGUUCUUCAAUUGAUCAAAGGAUGCAAAUUACUGUGGCUUAUAAUCAUUUUGGGAAGAGAUUGAUACAGAGAAUGCCAAGGUGCAGAUGGGGUUUUAUUCAUGUGGUUAACAAUGACUACACACAUUGGAAUAUGUAUGCUAUUGGUGGUAGCCAACAUCCCACUAUUAUUAGUCAAGGUAAUCGUUUCAUUGCUCCUCCUGACAUGUUCAAGAAAGAGGUAACAAAGAGGGACUAUUCCCCAGAAUCAGUGUGGAAACAAUGGUCAUGGAGAUCACAAGGUGAUCUAUUCAUGAAUGGAGCAUUCUUUGUUGAAUCUGGAGAUCCAGAUUGGACCAAGAAACACACUGAGCUUUUUGAUGGGAUUGUAUCAGCCUCAGGGGAUCAAGUCACUUGGAUUACAAGAUUUUCAGGGGCACUAAAUUGCAAGCCAGGAGAAGCUUGUUAGACAGUUAUUGUCCUAUACAUAUUAUCACCAAAGCAAACUCAUUCUCAUCAUAUAUCCUUAAACUAACUUUGUAUGCAUUUAUUGUAUCAAAAUUCUUUGUAAUUUUGAAUUGUUAAGGACUACAAAAGAACAAUGAAAUCAAAAAGAUGCAAAUUCAUACCAAGCUAUACAACUGUGUCAAUGUUAUUUUA